GUGCUGUCUGCUGCUUUGGUGACGGCGAGAGAGGACCGUGGGUUGGCUGGACUGGCCGUUUGGCCUCGCCGCAGCUAGGAGCCCGUUUCCAUAGCAGCACCACGGCCCCGUCCUCCAGCCCAGACCCCGGCGCGGGUGCCCGGGGGAUUUCUUCAGGCUCCUCGACGCCGCUCCAAGGGGCACCUACUUGGGUUUUGCCUCGGCUUGCAGCCCGCGGACUGGCUCCCGGCUUCAGCUCUGCGGGCCACAGUAAGAAGUGCCCUUAUCAGCCCGCGCCCUGCCCCCCUUCCUGAGCCAUAGAGACCCCGGUCCAGAGCGACAGCCUUGGACCUGGGACUAGACGGAUCCAAGACGCUCAGCCCCGGCCCCCCUCAAACGGGGCUCUGCAUCGUCUCUGAUAUGUCACCCACCGUCUCCCACAAGGACAGCAGUCGGCAACGACGGCCAGGGCCUUUCAACCACUCUCUAGAUUUGAAGAGUGGUCCUCUGCCGCCGGGCUCCUGGGAUGAUAAUCUUCCGGAGGUGGUGGGCGGGGAAGGGGACAAAGAAGCUCUUCUUCGGGAUAUCAGCACUGUUGAUUUCUCAAAAACCCCACGGAGCUGCCGGGCGGAAUUGAGCAGCAUUUUGCUGUUGCUCUUUCUUUACGUACUUCAGGGCAUUCCACUGGGCUUGGCGGGAAGCAUCCCACUCAUUUUGCAGAGCAAAAAUGUUAGCUAUACAGAUCAAGCGUUCUUCAGUUUUGUCUUUUGGCCUUUCAGUCUCAAAUUGCUCUGGGCCCCGUUGGUUGAUGCGGUUUACUUUAAGAACUUUGGUCGUCGCAAAUCUUGGCUUGUCCCAACACAGUAUAUAUUGGGAUUCUUCAUGAUAUAUCUCUCCACUCAAGUCGACUAUUUGCUCGGAAAUACAGAUGGCCGAACCCCCGACGUGGUUGCUCUCACUGUGACUUUCUUUUUGUUUGAAUUCCUGGCAGCCACCCAGGACAUCGCUGUGGAUGGUUGGGCGUUAACUAUGUUAUCCCGGGAAAACGUGGGUUAUGCUUCUACUUGUAAUUCAGUGGGCCAAACAGCCGGCUACUUUUUGGGCAAUGUUUUGUUUUUGGCCCUUGAAUCUGCCGACUUUUGUAACAAAUACUUGCGGUUUGAGCCUCAACCCAGGGGAAUCGUCACUCUUUCAGAUUUCCUUUUCUUCUGGGGAACUGUAUUUUUGAUAACAACAACUUUAGUUGCCCUUCUGAAAAAAGAAAACAAAGAAGUAUCAGUAGGAAAAGAAGAAACUCAAGGGAUCACAGAUACUUACAAGCUGCUUUUUGCAAUUGUAAAAAUGCCCGCAGUUCUGACAUUUUGCCUUCUGAUUCUGACUGCAAAGAUUGGUUUUUCAGCAGCAGAUGCAGUAACAGGACUGAAAUUGGUAGAAGAGGGAGUACCCAAAGAACAUUUAGCCUUACUGGCAGUUCCAAUGGUUCCUUUGCAAAUAAUAUUGCCUCUGAUUAUCAGCAGAUACACUGCAGGUCCCCAGCCACUAAACAUAUUUUACAAAGCCAUGCCCUACAGAUUAUUGUUUGGAUUAGAAUAUGCUCUACUGGUCUGGUGGACUCCUAAAGUAGAACAUCAAGGGGGAUUCCCUAUAUAUUACUAUAUUGUAGUGCUGCUGAGUUAUGCGUUACAUCAGGUUACAUUGUACAGCAUGUAUGUUUCCAUAAUGGCUUUCAACGCGAAGGUUAGUGAUCCACUUAUUGGCGGAACAUAUAUGACCCUUUUAAAUACCGUGUCCAACCUGGGAGGAAAUUGGCCUUCUACGGUAGCUCUUUGGCUGGUGGAUCCCCUCACAGUAAAAGAGUGUGUAGGAGCAUCAAACCAGAAUUGCCGAACACCUGAUGCUGUUGAGCUUUGCAAAAAACUUGGUGGCUCGUGUGUUACUGCACUGGAUGGUUAUUAUGUGGAAUCUGUUAUUUGCGUUUUGAUUGGAUUUGGUUGGUGGUUCUUUCUUGGUCCAAAACUUAAAAAAUUACAGGAUGAAGGACCAUCUUCAUGGAAAUGCAAAAGAGACAAGUAAUGCAUUCACUACUGGACAUUCUAGGAAGGUAACUCUAAUUUAGUUUUAACUCAGAGAGUUAUGAUAAUCAGUGUACAGGAGUAUAAAAUAUUAUUU